GAAACAUGUAAACAGACGCGGGAAACUCCAGCUUGAAAAUCACUGUCGGGAAACUCACUAGAGUUUAUGGUCAUGACAGACAUUUUAGCACAUGUGUUUAGGACUUUUAUGUCACAAAGCGAGCAGAGGAAGGAGCUCGACGUCCCUCCUCCUCUUCCUCCUCUUCCUCCUGAAGCCGGCUGCAGCACAGUGCUACUGGUCGGAGAGCGGAGCACCAGCCGCUCGUUGCUGCUGCUGGCGGCCGUCACAGCGGCCUCACAGAUGGGCAUGAGAGUCAUGUUCUUCACCCAAACACAGAUCCAGAGCCUGCCAGUGUCUCUGCAGAAAUGCGUCCCCAGCCUGAGCCCAGAGAGUCUAAAGAAAAUCCAGUUUUCCUAUCCCAGGACAGUGGAGGAGCUGCUCCAGCAGGUGGCCAGCCUUCACGAGUCCCCCAACACAUCCCCCAUACCUCCCUCACUGAUCAUAGUUGACAGGCUGGAGAGUUUCCUGUGUGCUCCUGCGGGUGACAGCUACAGUGGAUUUCACUCAGGAGAGCAGUCCAGUGCCGCACACCUGUCUGCACUCUUAUGCGACACAGCUGCCUUUCUCACACAAGUCCUGCAGCAACGGGCGUCGAGCUCGGCCCCUUGCCGUGUCAUCGCCUCUUUUCAGCCAGAGAGGGACACCGGGAAAGACAGUGGGGGGCCAUCUGCUACAGAUCCCAUCCUUGAUGUCCUCGAUCGUUAUUUCAAGAUACGAUGUACUCUGGACCGAGACAGAAGCUAUGAAGCUGCAGCAGCUGGACUGCAGGAGAUAUGGAACAUUUACCUUUCUGGGACGGGCAUCAGAGACACCUCUUCCACCAAACACUGUGAUGACAGGCCAGGUGUAGCCCAGGAGUGGCAGCUGUUCAUUUUUCCUGAUGGUUUAAUGGAAUUUAAAUUGGUCUAAAAUUGGCUUGAGAUGUGGCUGAUUAGUUGCUCACUCAUGGAAUUUUGUUCAGAGGAAAUGCUCAUUUUCACCAACGCCCAACUUUAGAUUUGAGCAGUUAGACAUUUCCAGUGAAAAGAAGAUCUGGUGCAGUGUGACAGCCUUCAGUCACUAUUAUACCUCAUUCCUUUGAAUGAAUGACAUUGAGCAGAUAUCUUUAAUGAGCAAAAUAAUAUUUUCUGCCAUGGCUUUCCGUUCAUUUAGCUGAGCAGUUCUUGCUUCUGCUUUAAGUCCAUGUGUUAACAUUUAAACCUCACUCUUACUUCACCUUAUUGCCUUAUCACUGACACUGUAUAGCAUGCAGCAAUCUGUUUACUUUGCAGACAACAGUUAACAGGACCACAAUGGUUGUAGAUGUAUAACAUUUAAUGACUUUGAAUUGUAAAUGACAUAACGUUUCUCAAACAUAAGAAUAAAAUAUUACACUGUACAUAGACAUUGAAGAAUGUGAUAGUCUUAAACUGAGCAAUGGUUCCCUCCCAAUUGGGACCCCUUAAAGUGAAGUCUACUUGUGAGCAUUUAUCACAAGUUGUUUGUACCCUAAAAAUGUAAACACUUAAACCAAAAUGUGUUUUUUCCCUUCUGAGAUUGUAAAUUGAAUUGAUUGAAUUCUUCUUCUAAACCUGACGAGGUAAAACUACUAAGUAAAAGUAUUUCACAUUUAAAAUAAACAUAUAUUUUAAAUAGUGUCUCAAUUUUUUUUCUUCUUUCUUAUCCCUUUUAAUCAUUUGUGACCCAUCAGGUUGGGAACCACUGGAGUAUUAUACAUUUGCGACAUGUGGCUGAUAUCACAUUUAGAGUAUUUUAUGAAUCAGAAAAAAUGAUAGAAAAUAUUAAUUAAAAAAUAUAAACAAUGUUAUUAUCAGGAGAAAAUAUUUUAAAUGUUUCUGAAAAUGAAAAACAUGGUACAAAUAUUACUCAUAAGUAAGCUACUAAUGAGGAAAUGCACACUAAAAUAUUCACCCUAAGAAAGGGAUAUCCACUACUUCAGUGGAUAAAUAACAAAGACCCUUUUGUGUCUCACUCUGCCAUGAUAUGAAUUUAAAAAAUAUAAGUCAACAUUGUAAAUAAAUGUAAUUAUAAACUUUUAAAGUAGCUACAAUUUCAAUUAAUUUUUAUAAUUCCGUUACUUUACAUGUUAAUCUAUUAUAAUGCACUUAAUCAUACUUAAGCCACAAAAGCAAAGAUAAAAUAACAGAAGGAAAUGAUUCAGUUUGAUUUCAGAACAACUGCUGAGACUAAAAAUGCCAAGGUUAAGACAUUAUGAUAUGGCAUUAGUGACUAAAAACAACUUAAACAUUGAUGAAAAAGAGAGUUAUUAACAGCUACAGUGACCUGAGAAUGAAUAUUGCCUUAAAACUUUCCUGCACAGCCUACAGUAGAAGUAUUUCAUUUCAUUUGUUCCAGGAUACUGUGUUUGGGAAAUGGCAACUACUUGCAACCAGUUUGAAUGUUCUCUGAAACAACUGUGAUAAAACACAAAAAUCAUCAUAUUAUGUACAAAUACAGUGAGUUUCUUAGGAGUGAAUGCUGCAUGAUUUAAAUUACUUUUUUUUUUUUCUUUCUUUUUUUACAAGUAUGAGGCUGGAAAUAUUCUACAUAUUGUUUGAAUGUCAACUAAUCCCAUCCAAAAACGUGGUAGUCCGUCUCAGCCCUUUCUGACUUCCCUACUUUGUUCUCAAGCCCAUUUGUUACUCCUGAAGGUGACACAUGUAUGGUUUCAGUUUUUAAAAAAAAGACUCUGUAAUUUCCUCAAACAGUUGGGCACUGUAGAGUUCAGCAAACAUUACUCAAACAGAAGUAAAUAGUGCAUUUGUUCAGGACUAUUUUCAGUCAUGGAUUAAUACAUAUGUGGUUCACUAGUGACUAUUUGCGGCUCUAUGAUGGUGUAUGAGUUUGACUUGAUGUAAUCUACAGUACCCAUGCUCAUCACAAUGACUAUGACAAGGACCAGGUCACCCAGUGCAACAGUUUGACUUGAGUUUUU